AUGUUUGGUUUGUUAUUGAGAACACCCUUUCAAAGGUUGCGAGUUGUACGGACGCAGCAUCAUAUAGAAGCGCUUGUUGAACAUUGCAGUGGCCGGGUUGUGGUUUCGGCAUCCACUCGUGAAUGGGCUAUUAAAAAGCACCUUUACAGCACCAGAAACGUGGUGGCUUGCGAGAGUAUAGGUCGAGUGCUGGCAGAACGGUGCUUAGAGGCUGGAAUCAACUUCAUGGUCUACCAACCAACUCCUUGGGAGGCAGCCUCAGACUCGAUAAAACUACUGCAGAGUGCUAUGACAGAAGGUGGUGUGAUGCUGCAGGAGCCGCGGAGGAUCUAUGGAUGAAAUAGCAUUGUUUGGAACAUGUAAUAAAGCCGCCGCUGUUACACCAGCGGAAGAGAGUGUCUGGAGGAACAGACAGCUCGGAAGCUUAUGCAAUAAUGUAACUGCAGAGUGUUGUUAGUAGCUAAGGUCAUCCCAUCCUCCUAUUUUUUUUCUUUUGUUUUUUUUUAUUCAAGAGCUAAAUUCUCCUCUCUUGGA